GCCUGAUAACAAGUUUUGCAUCUGUCACUGGUCCUGGUCGUCUAGACAAACCAUCUUGACCCUAGAUUAGCCCCUGAAUUAAUGCGACACGUUGUGAAGGGAGGCGCCAGUGGCGAUCCACAAAUUCCAUAAUAAUUGGUUAACAAGAAGUGAUGAUUAGGGAGAGAAACAACCAGACAACCAUCGCCCUUUGUGCGGGGCUGGCUUUUGUUCUCAGUUUCCCACGCAAAGCACGUGACAUGCACUUGUAAUCCCUUGUUCCUUUGUCUAUAAAGGUCCUGUUGGAGCAGAUAUCCAGUGCUUCAGGCUGCUUGCCUUGCACCGUACUUGCUGUUGAAACUUCUUCUAAACUCGCUUUCAUUUAUUCUUUCGUUGCCUGCAAUGUCGACCUUUGCAACCAACGUUCCAGUUUUGGCACCGGUGCCCAUUCCAGUCGUUGCUUCGCGCUUGCGCCGAGCAGCUGCUCAUCUUUCACCUAUUAAAACAAUUCCACCGUCGUAUAAGGAGAUCAGUGACGUUUCAUUGGUAUCUGCAGCUCGAGCAGAAGGCAAGGCUGAUGGUGAAGAGGACGGACACAUCGUGAACGUUACCAUUCAGCUCGGGUCCUGCUGCAGUCGGAAACGUUUAGCACGUAGAGUGGGCAAGACGAUUCGGAUGAACUUUGAGCCCAUCUUCUCCACCAUUCUCAUCAUUUGCCUUUUUGUGCUCCUUAUUUUCUCGAUCUCCACUAUUCCCCAGUCCAUCAAUGAUACUCAUGGAGCUUCACCAUCCCUCCGAGCCGUUCCCGCCGCAUCCACGCUGAAAGGAAAUUCAAUCCGCGAACGCCUCUGGGUCUCGGGUCGCAGGAAUGUCAAUGACGUUUUCUUCCCCGCUCCCACCCAGGGCUUGCCAGUUGACAAACAACAGAAAUCGAAGCGCAUUAUCAUUGCUCCGUCUGGCAUCGCCUCUGCCAAAUUCCGACGGUCGGUACAACCAAUCGAGGAUUCUCACUCUCACCCUGAAGACCUUGGGGAGCUCUUUGGCGUUCCAAAGCGUCCCUGAAACUGUCGUUUCAAACUACUGUUCCUGUCAUGUCCCGA